AUGACACAAACAUCAAAAAAGAGAUCAUCCGACGAAGGAGAAGAUGGUGAUUAUCGCUCCCUAAAGUACUUUGGGAAUAUUCCAGAGGAAAAAAGAUACGAUUAUGUUUCUCUGUCCCUCGAAACUGCUGAUACUUUUGGCCAGGAAAAGGUGCUUGUAAGAGCGACUGUAGUCAACGCGCAUGGCCGGACAGUUCUCGACGAAUUUUGCAUGCCGCAGUCGAAAUACAUCAUUGACAUGCGAACAUGGCACCAUGGAAUCAAAGUCGAAGAGAUCCAAGACGAGCAGUGGGAAGAAGAACUCAUCGACAAGGUUCGCGAGCUGCUGCGCAACAAAAUCGUCGUCGGCUUCAACCUUGAGCCGUAUUUGAAAGUGCUCGGAGUUACAAAGUAUACCUUUACUUUGGGAUUGGAGGCUCCCACUUUGACUGAUCUGGCUGAUGAGCAUUUAGAUAUGGACUAUCCAGCUGAAGAUCACCAUGAUUCAAUUGAAGAAGCCCGGACUGUCAUGAAAAUUUUCGCAAAGGACUUUGAUAAGUGGGAGAAUUCGAAAGAAACGUUGGAAGAAGAGGAAGCUAAGCGAAAGAAAAACUUCAGCCAGGAAGUGAAGAAAGAAGCGUACUACUAUUGCAAGUACUGCGAUGUGGCCAUGAACUCGCGAGACCAGGAAGACGCGCAUCUCGAUGGAAAGAAGCACCGAAAGAAACGAAAGCAGUACAACAAGUUGCACGGAAUCAAGGAUUACUCGCCUCCACCAAGACGAAAGAAGGUUACCCCGCCGAGAUACGACUCCCGAAGCCGUUCUCGAAGCCGAUCGUACUCGUCUUCUAGCUCUCGAUCUCGAUCACGAGGUCGAACACGCGGACGCUAUCGAAGUCGCUCGCGAUCUUACUCCAGCAGCCGAUCUCGAAGCUCCUCGCGUGGCCGAUCCAAAGACCGAGUCUAUGAAGAGUACAGAAAGGAAAGAAAAGAAGUGGCGAAAGACACCGGCAAACCCCAAUACAACAAGUUCGGCGAGCGGAUCAACACACGGGGAUCAUCGCCAGCGCCUUCGAUGAUCGAGAACAUGGGCGGCGCAACACCAGCCGUUCAUCGAUCCCGAACGCCGAAACGAUCUCGCUCGCGAUCGCGAACUCCAAGGCGAAAGACACCGCCCCGGAAAGAAAAAUCGCGCAGAAAGAGGCGGUACGUCAGCUCUUCUUCGAGUGAAAGCGAAGAAUCAGAAAGCUCGGAAGAAUCGAUGGCCAGCGAUGAUUCCAUGGACACGAUUUAUAAUAGAAAGCGCUACUCAAAGAAGAAGAAAGCGAAAGCGAAGAAACAGGAAGAAAGUUCGGAAGAGUCGUUUGCUAGCGAUGAUUCCAACGAUACGAUUUAUAAUAGAAAGCGGUAUGCGAAGAAGAAGAAGUCGAAGAAAUCCAGGAGAUGA